CAGACAACAGGUUUACGUUUUGUCCUCUAGUUUUGUGUUGUGUAUGUCGACUUAGAAUAUCAACCCUUCUAAUUUGUUUUUAUGUUUAUUUUGUGAAUUUUUUUAAUGUAUUAGUUGAAAAUAAGUGAUUAUGGUUUGUAACCUUUGCAUCGAGAUUCUUGGACCAGCUUUGGCAAUGACCACUUUUUAGCAUUCCCCUACAAAGUGUUUUGUAAAAUGCUAAGACCUAAUCAACAUUACAGUUGUUUACAGUAUUUUGUUCUUCAAAGAUGAAGAUAAAUGAACUCAGCUAAUACUGUAUUUCUAGUGUGUUCAAAAUAACUAAUACAACACAGUCAUUAUUUAUUAGAUAAUGUUAAAUUAAAGCUUAAUUAUGGCGGCAAGCAAUCUGCAGAAACAAGCAUCAAAAGAUGUGCCUGGUGGUAUACCAAGCAAAGAAGAGUGCAUUUACACAUCUCAUUACUGUGAGGAGAAUAUCUGGAUGCUCGUAAAAAAAAUUCAAGAGAUCAACCCAGAAAAUUUACCUAAUUGCUUCGUUGUGUUUAUUUCAAAUGAAAAUAAAUACAUACCAUUAUGGAGGCAAUCCUCAAGCAAACAUGAAAACGGGCUAGUCGUGUGGGAUUAUCAUGUUAUAAUGGUGUAUUACAAUGGCAUCAAAUCAUGGGUCUAUGACUUGGACACACAACUUUCGUUUCCAUCACAGUUUAGUGAAUACAGUAAAGAGACUUUCAAAUCAGACGACUUUCUGAAUCCGCUCUGCCACAGGUUCUACCGAGUUGUACCAGCUGAAAGCUUCUUAAAAUAUUUCUCCUCUGACCGAAGAGAUAUGAAGAAUGAAGAUUCGUCAUGGAAAAUGCCACCUCCUCCUUAUCCUCCUAUAAGAAGUUGUGAGGAUAUUCACAACCUCCCUCAUUACACGUCUAUGAAAGCAAGCAACGAUUCCGGCCUAAUAAGUAAGUUUGGCAAUGUCUUCAAUUUAAAAGACUUUAUAGACAGAUUUACAUGCAAGAAAAGUCCAGAUGUGAACUAUAUGUAUCCACCAGACCCCUUGCAACCAAGUUGGAUGGCUUAACUUAAGAGUUUUAUAGGCCUAUAGAUUUCAAAUUCUUGAGCUCUAGGCUAAUGUUAAAUUUGAAUUUAAUGUGGUUAGUAGUUUACAGCAUUUAAAGACCAUAAAAGCUGUGCUAAAUUGUACCUAACAAACAAAAUAUCCCUUGAUAAAUACAAAAAUCAAACAAUGCUCAUAACAGUAGCCUAAGUUAAUUAUUUUAAGUUUCAUUUGCAUUGUUCUGUGUUAAACUUAAGUAAUUUUGAUUCCCUGUAAUAAAAAUAGGAUAUUUUAAAAUGCUUUCUCACAGUCAAAAGCUUUACCUAACUUACUACCUACUUCUAACAUAUAGACCUAAAUAAUUACAAGCAGCUAAACUGCUACAGUAGGUACAUUACAAUUUGGCUUCCUGUAUAAUAGUUCAGUGAUGCGAUACAUAACACAAGUUCACCAAUUUAAACACUAUUGUAAAAUGGUGUUUGCCGUACAUGUAUUAAAUUAAUAAAAUAAAUUACACAGGCUUACAAAGUCUUUUGGGUUUAUUAGCCUAAUUUAUUUGAAAACAUCCAUUUCUUACGACUGUCUCCACAUGUUGAUCCUAAAAGGCGGUAUUACUUGUCAUAAUCCUUUUAGCCCAUUGUUCACGCUAUGAGCAGUUGACUGAAGUAGAAGUGCGGAGUCCGCUCUCCUUUUGUAUUAGGCAAUUUAAUGCUGUUUUCCUAGAAGCGGUGUUUUCCAUUGAAAUCGCUUCCACGCCUAGGUUGGGUGCCUGACUCCAAGAAACUGCAACUUAACUUACAUAAUCUUCUCUUUCAUUACCUACCUUUUUUUCUGGGUAGUCCGUAUAACAGGGUAUACAACUACCCACUAACAGUCCCUGCCCAAGGAGAUUUUAAGCUGUGUGUGUGACAUGAUAGAAGUUCUAAAAAUAGGUUUGGCCUAAGUAGAACUUUGAAGUAGGCACGGUACAUUGUAGGUUAUUCAGCCUAAUCAACUCAUUUGAUUCCUUUGAAUACCAAACUUAAUUUUAACAGGGCUUAAGGUACGUUUUAACAUUGAAAAUAAAAAAAAAAUCAUCAAUAGGUAAUUCUAUCUACUUGCUCAAAGUCACCAAGUUUUUGUAAACUGUAGUUUAGAGAUUAUUUUGGAAAACUAGUUUGAUACGGUUGAAAAUAGUUUAACAUUGUAAGACAAUGUUAUUUUUGUUAAAGUGAUUUUAUAUGCGUAAUUAAAACACCUACCUAUCACAUUUAGUCUGCACAAUUUUGUUGCCGGAGAACAUUAAAAUAAUACAUAAAUGCAUAAACAUAAACAUGGUACAUGAAUAAAUGUCAUAUAAAAAAUCACUCUUUAGGCUAUGUUCACAAAUGUAGGAAAUCUAUCACUGAAUUUAAUUAUUGUUAUUUAUUAAAACAAAAGUUGUUCUGAAAGGCAGUAGUUGUAGGUACUGGGAAACGCUUUAUAAAUAAGACAUUUUUGAUCAAUUGUCUGUUACUGUACCUGAAAUGAUUGGGAUUCCGGCAAAAGAAUUUGGAAUUAGAGGACUGAUGGGUAUUGGUCUCCUUAGAGAGUGCCAUUUGAACCACUGUUACAUUUCAGGCAAUUGUUUAGUUGAUAAACUCUUUACAAGAAAAUCUCCUCUAUUUGCAGAUCACCCAUACCUGGUAUUAAAAUUAUCCUUGUCAUAAUUGAUUUAUACGUUAAUUUUUCGGCACUUUUGUAUUAUAUGGAGGCCACUUAUUUUAGAAGGAUUUUUUUACCGGAGAUAAAAAAUAGCUACCGUAGGCUACAUAAUUUGAAAGAACAUACUUUAAUUGACUUACUGUCCAAAUUUGACAUGAUUACGAAUUGUGGCCUAAGAGUUCUGCCUCCUAGAAGGCAGCGAUGUCGGCAAGGAUUGAGUUGAAUGCGUCGCUGCCACAUGUACUCCGCCAAGUAGGUAUACAGUGCGCUGUGGCGGUUAUGUUAGGUUGGGUUAUCGUUAUCAUAAAUAUGUUUGUAGGACUUUUCUCGUUUCGUUAUGAAUCGAACGAUACCAGAUGAGUCAUCUUUUAAGACACUGAUACUGGCGGUGACAGGUGCUGCUCGUGCUCUGGUCAUGACCUGACCUUGGCCUUCUUGGAGGGGAUUUGGCGGGCAAAAGUGUAUCGUUCGAUUUAUAACGAAACAAGUCCUACAAACAUAUUUGAUAACCCAACCUAACAUAACCGCCGCAGCGUGCAAGGGUGGACUCCCUAUAACACGAAAGUACCAAUUUUUCAGUAGACCCUUUCUUUGGAUUAAAAGACAUAUUUUUAUUGUUUAUUUAGUGCAUCUGACUUAGCUGCUGAGACAACCUUAAAACAACGUUAAUUUUACCAAAUGAAAUAUACCUAACCAACUUUGACAUCAAACUCACAACUUUGGAUCACUUUUAGCACAAGAACCAAUAGCAUUUCUUCAUUCAGCGGAUUAAAUACUUAAAAAAUGAGCUAGAUGGAAAAUACUCAUGAUUUUUGUACAUCCUUUACCAUUAUGUGUUUGUUUUAUAUUUAACCUUUACAAUUAUUUCAUAAGAAGAUACAUUGUUUUAAAUAGUUUAAAUUUGUUCUUCUAAGAAGAAAUUAUUUUAUCAUUUUGAUAUUUGAUUGUAUUUCCAAUGGAAAACAUAAGGAAUCACUCGGUUCUUUUGAAAAUAGGCUACUUAGGCCUAGAAUAUGGUGCUAAAUGUUUUAUUUUAAGCUUAUACAUUUGUAUUUGCUCUAGAUAAUAAUUGGUCAAGCUACUAAAAAUUCAGUUCUAUCCUUCAAAAAAUAUUUGAUCCGUAAUGUAGUUAUUAUCAUAUUUUGUUGAUCAUAUAUGUUUGAAGAUCAUGACAGGUACCUAAUUAAUUAUAUCAUAGUGUAAUUGUUUAUCAUAUUUUGAUGAUCAUAUGUUUUAAGAUCAUGGCAGGUAUAGGCCUACCAUAGUUAUUUAUAGUGUCACUGGCUACAAACAAGAAGCCUACUACAAGAAGUGAGAACAUACAAUGUUGCUUGUACUUAAUACAAUUGUUAAGUGUCUCUGUUACAUCCCUAAGGAUUUUCUCCCUUCCUACUUAACUGAUUGUUACGAUUGAGACAAGUUUGUAACCCAUAAAAGUCACAAUUUAUGCACACGCCCCCAACCAUAUAACUUGUCACAAAAAAUUGGUUUGUCAUUUACAAGAAUGCAUUUUUUAUCUCCAAAUUUCAUUGGAAGGGAUAAUUAAAAAAAAAAAAAUUAAAGAGGUUGGCAGCCUCUUUAACCUUGCAUUUUUCUGUCCACAUAGGCUAUGAACCUGUGCGUGGAACAUAUCCAGCAAAGUAAGGGGUGAGCCGGUACAGUGCAUAAAAUGUACUGAUAAAAAGAAGUAACAGUGACCAGGAUUCGAACCCACAACAUCUCUGCCUUGGGCCAUUGACUUACCUUUGAGUACUGUAUUACCAUAACAGUGACAAUUGGGUAGGGGGUAGCAUGUGUCCAAAUUAGAAAAAAUCAUGAAAUUAUUACAUCCUUGUCUUGUCUAAUAGCCCGUAACAGGUUUAGUUUUUAGCUCUUGUAAAAACAUUAUUUGAAUGUUUAAUUUAAUGGGAAAAAAGGAAAAAAAUGCUCAAGUAGUCUUCCAAUAGUAGUGAAAUAUAAAAUGACUUUUGGCACCUUAUUAACAAUCUCAAUGGUUUAAGUGAUCAAAAUAAUGUAUAAUGGUAUUAAUGUAUGCUGUACCCUAAUGUUGUGAUAUAUGUUUA